AUGUACAAUACUGCCGUCAAGCGUGCCGUUUCUUCUGCAAUGGAUGGCAUCGAUGCCACUAUAUUUGCAUAUGGUCAGACGUCAUCUGGUAAAACGUAUUCCAUGAUGGGAUAUGAGGAACAGCCGGGUAUCAUUCCUCAAGCAGUAGAUGAUGAAUCUGGAGAUAGAGAAUAUCUGCUGCGGGUCUCAUACAUGGAAAUCUACAAUGAAACUAUUAAAGAUUUGCUUAGUCCCGAGCAAACAGAUUUGCGCAUACACGAGCAUCGCACAAAAGGGAUUUACGUAUCACCAUUAAAGGAAGAGAUUGUGACUACACCGAAACAGUUGAUGAAGGCCAUUGCUCGAGGUGAAGCAAAUCGCUCUAUUGGAAACACCGAGUACAAUAACAAAUCAUCACGGUCUCAUACUAUAUUCACUCUUACCAUUGAAAGUCGAAAACGCAGCGAUAGUGCUAGCUCUACUUCAUUGCCUACUUCUAACGAUAAACUUAAAAAAGACGACAAAUGUAGUCUAAUCGAUCUUGCGGGUUCAGAAAAGGCUACAAGUGAUACUGAACGUCGCAAAGAAGGCUCUUUUAUUAACAAAUCACUUCUCACUCUUGGAAAUGUCAUUGCCCGUAUCACAGAAGAAACAGGUGGACAUGUUCCAUACCGUGAUUCAAAACUGACUCGUAUUCUGCAGUCGUCACUUUCCGGACACUCUCGCAUCUCGGUGAUUGCAACACUCGGCCCAUCCGCAAAAAACUUGGAAGAGUCUCUCAACACGCUCAAGUUUGCCUCUCGUGUUAAACGCAUUGUUCCUAAACCUGAAUUCACCUUGAUUCUGGACGAUAAAGCACUAAUUCAAAAAUAUCGUCGUGAAAUUGAAGAUUUGAAAUCAAAGUUG